AUUGCACCUGUAGAAAUAAAUGAACUAUUGAAAUUAUUAGAACAUGUCCCUUUUCAGUUCUGGUCGAUGAAAGCACUGACAUAAGCUCACAUAAGUUUCUUUGCGUUCUUGUCCAUUAUGUCCACCCUAAAGCAGGAACUGUACAUACUAGAUUACUUGAGUUGGUUGCGAUAGAUGCUACUGAUGGCAGCGCAAAAAAAGUUUAUGAAAAAUUUAAAAGCUGCUUGCAAUCAAAACAAAUUCCUAUUGAAAACCUUGUUGGAAUGGCUAGUGAUGGAGCAAACAUGAUGGUGGGAAAAAACAAUUCUUUUUUUUCACAUUUGAAGAAAGAUUGCCCAAAUAUAGUUCUGAUGCAAUGUAUAUGUCAUUCAGCGGCUUUAGUUGCAAGCAAGGCAACAGAAAAAUUACCUAGGUCUCCUGAAGAUUUAAUUAGAUCGGUGGCUACUUACAUAUCGGGCAGUGCAAAAAGAACAGCAAUUUUGCAAGAAAUCCAAGAAUUUUUCGGAGAACAAAAAAAAAAAAUAUUGAAGUUGGCAGACACUAGGUGGUUGGCAUUACAUCAAUGUGUUGUAAGGAUGCUAGAGUGUUGGAGUAGCCUUUCACAAUAUUUCCUGGUUGCUGUAACUGAAGAUCAUUUAAAAAGUGCUGAAAUAAUACUAGAAUCCUUAAAUAACAAUGUCGUCAAAGCUUAUUUUUACUUUCUUAAGUAUUCUUUAAAUAUAUUUAACUCUUUCAAUGCUAUGUUUCAAACUAACAAAAUUAUAAUACAUGAAAUGUAUUCAAAUUCAAUUCGGCUUUUAAAAACAAUUUUACAAAAUUUCAUAAAUCCUAAAUAUUUAGUAACAGAUAUAUUUGAUCAAGCAUUAUUUACUGAUCCUAAUAAAUUUUUACCUGAAUCAGAAGUAUUUGUGGGAUCCGAAUGUGAAGAAUUUAUCAAAGCUUUUCCUAGAAAUAUUUUUAUUGAUUUCAAAAAUACUUGUUUGAAAUUUUAUAUCAAAGCUGCUGAAGAAAUCGCAGAAAGGUUACCAAUACAUAAUCUUUUUUUUAAAGAAUUUAAAUUUUUAAACCCUGAAACAUGUUUUGACCCUCAAAAAUGUAAUACUACUACCAAUCAGUUAGAUAAAUCAAAAGAAAUAUUUGGAAGUUAUUUUGAUGCAUAUAAAGUAAUUGAAGAAUUACGUGAAAUACCUUAUUUUUUCACAAAUGAACAAAUAGCUAAUUUAAAAAAAAUGAAUAUUUCUGAGAUGUGGCAUGAAAUUGGAACAGUAAAAGAUUUUACAGAUGACAAUUUUAAAUUUAAUAACAUUUGUAAAUUAGCCAAAAUUAUUUUAACAUUACCUCAUAGUAAUGCUGCAGCGGAGCGAAUUUUUUCAAUCCUCACAGAUUUGAAAACUAAAAAAAGAAAUAGGCUUGCCGACAACACUUUAAAUGCUGUGACAAUUAUACGUUCAUCAUUUCAAGAUAAAUAUUUGACUACUGAUAGUUUUGUUGUAACUGAUAAACAUUUACAACUACAUAAUUAUAAUAUGUAUAAAACAUAAUCUAUAACGUAACUAAAAGACUGAAUAAAUUUAGUGAUUUCUUUAAAAAAAAUUUUGACUGAUUAUAAC